AUGAAAAAGGGAGCACCAAAAUAUUAAAACAAAAUUGCAUUCAAAAUGAGAUUUCACGAUCAUUACACAGAGAAGAUUUAGAAUGCCUCUUUGGAUAGAUUGUGUGAAUUGUGUUUAGCUUAGAUUGAAUGGAAAAUUAAAUAUGGAAAAUACAAGACUCCCCAUGAUUUAUCAAGAUGUUAUAAAUGCGAAAAGAAAAACAUCUUUAAGGCUUACAGAAGAUUAUGUGAUGGCUGUUCUGAUGAAUUGAAACAAUGCUCUAAAUGCACAGAACCUAUUGAAAUAAAUGAUGACAGUUCAAGUGGUGAAGAAAUGGAUGAAACACUAAAAUGCUUAAGAGAGAGAUCAAAAAGAACUGUUCUUAGAAAAAUUGAAAAAGGUGAAAUUACAUGGGAUAGACAUAAUAAAAAGUUUAUUGAUUCUGAAAGUGGAGAAUAAGUCAUAGUUCAAUACAAAAAAGAUUAUAUUGAUGAAGAAGAUGAAUAAUUAUGGGAGGAUAAUGAUGAUGAAAGUGAUGAUGAUGAGGAUGAUGAAAGUGAAGAAGAAAGCCAAGAAGAAGACAAUAAAAAACAAAACAAAAAGACUGUUUAAUUCUAAAAGCAAUAAAAGAGUUAAAAAUAAUAAACUGAAUUAUCAAAAAAAACAAAAGCUAAAAAAGUUGAAUCUAGUGAUGAUGAGUCUUUAAGUGAAGAUUCAGACGAAGAAAAUUAAUUCAAAUAAAUUGAAAAAAUUAAUCAAAAAGAACCUUCAAUAUAUUCAGAUGGAUCAAAUGAAGAAGAAAAAACAAUUAGAAUGGAGAAAAAUUUCUAAUUUUAUUUUGAUGGAAAAUAUCAGUUCGAGAAGGAUGAAUGAUUAAAAAAUUAAUAUUUUUGUGUUCUAUUCAUUUAUUUUCAAUAUAAUGUUCUUA